AUGUUCAACUCGGUCAGCCUGGGCAGCUUCUGCCCCUCGCAGGCGCGCAAGGAGCGCGGGGGCGGCGGCCCCGGUAACGGCGCCGGUCCCGGUAACGGCCCCGGCUGUCCCGGUGAUUUCGCGGAGCGCGGCGGGAGCAGCGCCCUGUACGUGCCCGGCUGCGCCUACUACGUGCCCGAGCUGCCCGCGGUGCCGCCGUUCGCGGCGGGCCGGCAGCUGCCGUACCCGUACCCGGCCGUGCCCCGCGAGGUUCCCCCGUACGCGCUGGAGCCCGCCCCGAAGUGGCCGCCGCCGCCGCCGCCGCGCGGGGGUUUCGCGGCGUGGAGCUCCACGGAGGAGCUGCUGCACCCCCGCGAGUGCGUGCCGGCCGCCGAGGUGCUGAUGAAGGGCGAGGGGUACCACCAUCAUCAUCAUCAUCAUCAUCAUCACCAGCAGCAGCAGCAGCAGCAGCCGCAGCCCGGCCAGGCCGCGUUUUACCCGGGCAAGGGCUCGGUGCUGCCGCCGGGCUUGGAUCGGUUCGUGGAGAGCGGAGAGAGCGGGAGGAGCGCGGGGGGAAACGCGCACGGCGAGGAGGAGGAGGAGGAGGAGGAAGAGGAGGAGGAGGAGAACGCCAAGGCCGGCUCGGGAGCGGCGGCACCGGCGGGCAAGGAGGGAGCCAAGAGCGGCGGGCAGGGUGCGUGA